ACGCCUGAGAUCGCUCAUCCUCAAUCAACACCCGCUUUGUUACAGGUAACCCUACUGUACUGUAGUUGCUUCUGCUAUCUGCGGUUGUUCUGUUCAUAGGCUGCAACUCGUCUUUAUACAUCAAUAAUACAAGACCACUUCCCCCGUCUGCCAAAAUGCCUCCACCUGGUGUGUGUCUGAAUAUUAUGAAUGAACGCCAUAAGAAAAAGGGCAAAGGAUCCCUUGAGAACCCUGACAAGUUCCUGGAUCAGGACUUUGAGCAGCUGCAGCAGUACUGCAACAUUAAUCGCAUGAGGUACAUAGACGACAUGUUCCCACCGGACCGCAGAUCGAUCGGAAAAGGAGUGCUGCAGCCUGAGGACAUGGCCAGAGUUGUUUGGCUAAGACCCGGGAAAAUGGUGGAUGAUCCUCAAUUCAUUUUGGAUGGUGUUUCAAGAUUUGAUUUUGGGCAAGGAGCUAUUGGAAACUGCUGGUUUCUGGCUUCUAUUGGGGCACUAACAUUCCAGAAACACAUUCGGGACCAAGUUAUACCUAAAGAGCAAUCUUUCCAGGAUGGGUAUGCAGGCAUAUUUCACUUCAAGUUCUGGAGAUUUGGGCAGUGGGUAGAUGUGGUGAUUGACGACAAGCUUCCAACAAUUGAUGGGAGAAUGAUAUUUGUACGCUCAAAAACCCCCAAUGAGUUUUGGGCUGCACUGAUGGAGAAGGCCUAUGCCAAGGUUUGUGGCUCCUAUGCUGACAUGAAUGCUGGCAGCGUAUCUGAGGCCCUGAUGGACUUCACAGGUGGGAUCCACAUGACAUUCAAGCUGGACGAAGCCCCCCCUGACCUCUGGGACAUCAUGUUCAGAGCUGCCCAAUCCAAGUCCCUCAUGGGCUGUGGCACGCCUCAAGGAGCCACAGCUGCCAACACUGUUUUGCCAAAUGGGAUUGUGGAAGGCCACGCCUACACCAUCACAGGAGUCACUAAGGUAAUGAGCAACAGUCAGCCUGUGAGGCUGGUGAGGCUGUUCAAUCCAUGGGGACAAGGAGAGUGGAAAGGGAAUUGGUCUGAUGAAUCUUACACCUGGAAUACCGUGAGCCCGGAGGACAGAAAACAGUGCCACUCUGUGGCUGAAGAUGGCGAGUUCUGGAUGUCAAUGGAAGAUUUCUGCCAGAGCUAUUCUGAUAUGGAUAUCUGCUGCUUGUGCCCCGACUUCCUCGAUGGAGAAUCAGAGUGCCACUGGACCUCCAAAUUCCAUGACGGACGAUGGGUUGCUGGAACCACCGCUGGCGGUUGCAUGAAUUACAGGGAUAGCUUCUGGACAAACCCUCAGUAUCGCAUCAAGCUGGAAGCUGUGGACGAUGAUUGCGCUGCGGAGCAGGGCCCGAACAACAUGCUGGUGUCCCUCAUGCAGAAGCCCGACAAGAGGAACAGGCGACUGGUCGCCAACCUUCACAUCGGCUUCUCUGUUUUCAGUGUGCCACCUGAGGUAUGGAGACGAGGGAAGUUACCUGCCGAGUUCUUCAUGAGGAACCCUGUGGCCUCAUCCAAAAACUACUUGAAUGCUCGAGAGGUCAUGGAGUUCUUCAGAUUGGUGCCGGGCGAGUACAUCAUUGUCCCGUCCACUUUUAAGCCCAAUGAGACGGCCUCCUUCAUCUUGGCCAUCCUCUCCAAGACAGACAGUCAUCUUGAGGAAAGUUCCCAUAAGCAUACGGACCAUAAUCAUGAGCCCACCCCAGCUAAAAACGGAGGUGAUGACAACUCCAAAGUAAACUUGCUCCGACAGUUCUCAGAUCAGUAUGAGGAGGUGGGUCCUGAGCAACUCCAGAAGCUUCUGAAUGAAAGACUCUUUGUAGGCAAGUCCUCCGGGUUUGGCAUUGAUACCUGCCGCAGUAUGGUCGCCAUGAUGGAUCUUACGGUAACAGGCAAACUUGAUAACCGUGAGUUCCUUCGGUUGUGGGACCGAGUUUCCAGAUAUACUGAACUUUUCAAUCGUGUUGAUAUGACAAAAAAUGGUUCCCUGUCUCUUGGUGAACUGCGGACUGGAAUGAUGGCCUCAGGUGUGAUGAUGACCGAUGACAUGCUGACCCUCAUGGCGUUGCGCUACGGCAACUCGGGAGGAAAUCUGACGCUGGACAACUUUGUGUCCCUUAUGCUGCGUUUGGACUGCAUGUCCAAGAUAUUCAACAAAAUGUCAGAUGGGAUGGGCCUGUACCUUAAGGAGAGUGAGUGGCUGUAUCUCACUAUGUAUUCCUGAAUAAGCUUCAGAUGGGGAGACAGAGGAAGAACUCCUGUACGGAAGAUCUAACUCUAACGUUGUAAUGCUAAUACUACUGCUUUAGUAACACUAUAUCCAAACAGUCAUGCCAGUGUCUGGGGAACUCAUGGUGUUGUAGUGAAUUGUGAAGAACAAUAUAUGUUCCUUUAUAUGUUGUGCUGUAAUGCUACAGUCCCUGUUCUGGCCAUAUUAUGCAAUACAGUAUGGGUUUACACACCCUGGGUUAGCGUGUAUGUGUUUACAUCUGUGAGUGUUUUUAGCUAUUAUGGCGAACCAUAUAGGCUACAAUCAGUAAUUCUUCGAGUAAUUCAUUCAGGCCUAGUGUUGUAGUUGCACAUCAACACCAUCUCACCAAGUCAAAUUCCUUUUUGAUUUUUAUUUCUUCGGAAAAGAAAAAAAGUGGCGAUUCUGAUGCUGAUUCUGAUCAUAUUCAGGCUGCUGCUCUGGUCUGCAUGCAGUAUCUAUCUUUUUAGAAUGGAAUUUAAUGUGUAGCUCCAUGGGUUUGCUAGUUUGUGUAACAUGUUAUAUUUUUUACUAGGGCUAUCAACCGAUUAAAAAAAAAUCGAAUUAAA